AAGACCUCAGAUCGUGUGUACAACGGGUUGUUACUCAAGCAAACAAUCUGCGUGGUAGAUGAACUUUAUGUACUCAAGCAGGAAAGAGUGUAAAAAUUCACCAGUCUCCUGGCCUGAAGAGAAAACGGAACCAUGAGCACAGCAGGAAAAGUGAUCAAAUGCAAAGCAGCUGUGCUGUGGGAGCUAAAGAAGCCCUUUUCCAUUGAGGAGGUCGAGGUCGCACCCCCUAAGGCCCAUGAAGUCCGUAUUAAGAUGGUGGCCUCAGGAAUCUGUCGCUCCGAUGAACACGUGGUUAAUGGAACGAUCGUUGCACCUCUCCCUCUGAUCUUGGGCCAUGAGGCAGCCGGCAUUGUGGAAAGCAUUGGAGAAGGGGUGACUACAGUAAAACCAGGUGACAAAGUCAUUCCACUCUUUACUCCCCAGUGUGGAAAAUGCAACGUUUGCAAGCAUCCGCAAGGCAACUUCUGCUUGAAAAAUGAUCUGAGCACACCUCGGGGGAGCAUGCAGGAUGGUACCACCAGGUUCACCUGCAGAGGAAAGCCCAUCCACCAUUUCGUCAGCACCAGCACCUUCUCCCAGUACACGGUGGUGGAUGAGAUUGCAGUGGCCAAGAUAGAUCCAGCUUCCCCACUGGAGAAAGUCUGUCUCAUCGGCUGUGGAUUUUCUACUGGUUAUGGGUCUGCAGUCAACAUUGCUAAGGUCACCCCGGGCUCCACCUGUGCCGUGUUUGGCCUUGGAGGAGUUGGCCUGUCUGUGAUCAUAGGCUGUAAAGCAGCAGGAGCAGCCAGGAUCAUUGGGGUGGACAUCAACAAAGAUAAAUAUGCAAAGGCCAAAGAGGUGGGUGCCACUGAGUGCAUCAGCCCUCAGGACUACAAGGAACCCAUCCAGGAUGUGCUGAAGGAAAUGAGUGGUGGCGGUGUGGAUUUUUCAUUUGAAGUCAUUGGGCGGCUUGACACCAUGGUGGCUGCCUUGUCCUGCUGUCAAGAGUCCUAUGGUGUAAGCGUCAUUGUAGGAGUACCUCCUAAUUCUCAAAAUCUCUCUAUGAACCCCAUGUUGCUACUGACCGGACGUACUUGGAAAGGAGCAAUUUUUGGUGGCUUUAAGAGUAAAGAUUCUGUCCCCAAACUUGUGGCUGAUUUUAUGGCCAAGAAGUUUCCACUGGAUCCAUUAAUAACCCAUGUUUUACCUUUUGAAAAAAUAAAUGAAGGAUUUGACCUGCUUCGCUCUGGAAAGAGCAUCCGCACCAUCCUAACAUUCUGAGACCAUACAAAUGCCUGCACUUGCAGCCGUUUCUGGCUCCUGCCCCUUCUGGAACGAUCAGCCAAACAACAUCACUAAUUCUGUUCUUCAGAAAUGCAAUCAAUUAAUCAUACAUGAGAGCUACCCAAAAGAACAAAAAAUUCAUGUGCAAUCCUUUUUCAAGCCAAUGUGUAAAAUUCAAGUGAGAGCUAGAUGAAGCAUUAGCUGCAUAGUUGAGUCCAGUAGACUUCCCUUCUUAAUCACUCUACUCAUGUUGAAUUAUGGCAUCUUUCCCAUUGCAGAAAGGUAAGGUAUUUCUUUGACUUCUUGAAUUUCUUGUACCUGUGCCGCCCUUAGUCACUGAAACCUAAGGGAGGAGGUCUUCGUUAUACCCGGCCCCCCAACAUAUGCAUGACGAGCUAAUGCACUCGAACUCUUCUAUUCCUAUUUCCACCGUCUAUAUUUCCCUUUUUAUGAAAUGUACCAAAACCCUAAGGGAAACGCUAUCAUCUGGGAAAGGAUACGCUUAGAUUUACAAGUAAAGAAGGUCUAGAACUUCUAUAUGCAGGAAUUUCUUUUUUUUUAAUUGAAGUGUAGCUGACAUACAAUCUUAUAUUCGUUUUAGACGUACGACAUAGUGAUUCAACAUUUACAUACGUUAUGAAGUGAUCACCGCCAUAAGUCUAGCUACCAUCUGGCACCAUACAAAGUUGUUACCAUAUUAUUCACUAUAUUCUAAAUACAAGAAAUUUUUUAGGGAAAUGUCACAUAUUUUUAUAUGACAGAGGGAAGUAUGCUUAUUGCUUUUUAUAAUGUUUCCAGUGAAUAUACAAUUAUUCUUUUAAACAGAAGCAGUUUCAUGCUACAUGUGAUAAAUAUGAGGUUCAGAUAUAAAAUGGAAACAUAUUCAAAAAUCUGUAAUCUUUUUGUGCUUUAUUGGCUAAACAAUCAUUACAAUUUACUGAAAGUGAGUCAUAAAGUAAUUAAAAAGUAAUAUGGUGGCUUGAAGUGUAGGAUCAGACUGAAGCAGCUAUGAACACAGCAUGUAAAAUGGGUAACUAAGAAACGGCACGAACGUCCAAAGCAAUGUAUUUUCUAAGUAAACAUAUAUGCAUAUACAGAUGUGUGCUUUUAAUCUAGAACUUUUAUAAUAUAGUUAUACAUAAUAUAACUUUUAAUAUAGAAUUUAAAUCUAUAAUCCUGGAAUUAAUGUAAUUUUUUGAAUAUGCAAGAGCCUGUGGCGCUCAUUUGUUCACGCUUUCCCGCUCUCAAGGGAAGAUUAGCAUUUUAAGCUUUAUCUCCAAAUGUACAUAAAAAGCUUAUUCUUUUAAGGGGUUUUGUGUCUCUCCAAAAGUGUUAUUUGUUUCUGUGUCUACAAUUUGUUUGAUAUUGUGGAAAGGACUUUAGACUGAGAGCAAGUCACCUACCCCCUACUUAAUGGUGACCUUCAGUAAGUUACUCAACCUCUCUGAGUCCGUUUCAUCCUUUAUUUUAAAGAAUUACUCUAAACACAAGGACCCACAAAACCUUUUUGUUGUUGUUGUUGUUGUUUUAAAGUAUAAAAGAUUGAUUUAGUGCCUUUCCCACUUCUGAUUGUAGAGGUUGUAUGGUACCAGUACUGACAGGUCACACAGGUACAAAGGACUCUAGCGUAUGACAAUAGGAAAGGUUUAUCCCAAUUCUGCAGAACAGCUUUUGAAAAGAUACUGCGGGGGCCUCAAAGCAGCAUGCUUCAGACCGAGAUUCUCCAUAGGUUGAAAUGCCAAAAACUUGACACCUGUGUGUUGACUCACAUACUUCAGUCCAUUGUCACAGAGCUUUUCCUAUUAAGACCAAUGAUCGAGUCCUGCACACCCACCUCGUCCAGCUGCGCCACACUCACCGGGUGAUUCUGGGUUCCCUGUGGGCCGGGGCAGGGCAGAUAACACCUGUCGCCACCCCAACCUGACAGACAGUUCACAGUCUCAGACCAACCCUUCAGUCACAAUGAUGGUGGAAGGAGAAAUGGGGGAUCGCUUUUUCACCAGUGUAGAAAUGGGGAGGGGAAAGUGGCUUGCAAACAAAAUGUGAAUCAGUGUGACAAAAUGACGCCUGUGUCAGCUGGGCUUUCGGUGACCCCCAAACCAGCAGCUCUUAACAGUCAGCACCGUUCACCCAGACACGCCGAGCUUUCAGGCCUGUCCAGCAGACAGCCUGUCCAUGGAACUUCUGUGUGCCUGUCCCCGACUGUCUGUGCAUUGGCAAUGCGUUGGGAGAUGACGUACAUCUGAUAUGUUCCCGUGAAAUAAAUUGCCAGCAAAGUUUCUAACUUUUUAACUAUUGAAAAGGAGAUUAAAAACUUGUGCUUAAGUCAUGCCCACAUUAUGGAAUGUGUUUAUUUUUAGAAAUCACUCCUUACCUUGAAAAUUUUCAAAGAAAAAACUGAGGUACUGGUUAAGUCCCCAUGUAAAUGUGUUCUCUUCUCCCCAUGCUGCCAGUAAGCCAGAUCAAAAGCCAUUAGAAAAAAAAAAAUGUGCUCAAGAAUGUGUGUAGACAAGAAAGUGAUUUAUUUACAGAACAAAGUCUUUGCUUCAUGAAACUACCAAACUUUUUCAUUCUACACCUGAAACUUGUAUUACAUUGUAUGUUAACUAGCUGAAAUUUAAAUUAAAAAUUGGGGGGAAAAGUCACUCUUUUUCUUUGUGGUGGAAUUCGGGGAUUAUAAAAAGAAAAAUAAAGGUUUUGUUGCAUUUUUGAUGCUGA